AUGACAAAUAGUAUCUAAUAAUAGAAGUUUUUGAAUCUAACUGUUAUUAGGAUCGAAUCUUGCUGUUUAAGAAAUAAAUUAAGAACUUGGAAUACUAAUAAUAGGAUCACAGUGGCAAAAUAAAGAAAAUCUAAAACUAUAGAAUAAGUUGAUGUGUAAUAAUAUAAGGAAUAGAUUGUCAAAAGAUUUAAUUCAAUAAUAAUUAACCUAAACAAACUUUGUCUAACCCAUAUAAAAUCUUCUUUGAACUUGUAUCAUAAUUUUAAUUUUAGUUAAUUCAAGUUAGUAUAAUGCGUGAAGAUAAACUCAAUAUAUUGUGAUGAGAUUUAUAGUAUAAAUACUGAGAACCUUGUUGAAGAGUGCUAAAAAAUAUUUUGA